AUGCCUGCGAACAAGAAAAACUCGAACCCGAACCCCACAGCGUCGAACUGUACCCCAAACCGUGGCGUAGUGAUACAGGGAAGAGGAAUAUCUCCCUCGCCGUCCAAAAACCCAUGGAAUGCGACUAUGACGGCGGAUGGCCGCUGGUCUCCUUCGUACGCGGAAGUCGUAUCCCGCAGCGUGUCCCCCACGCUCACAAGCCUACCCGCAAUGGUGGCCCAGCGAUCGACGAGCGUGACGGAAGCAGCUCCGAUGCCACAGACCCCGGUCCUCCGCCCCGCUCAAGCGACCGACGACAUCCCGCAUCUUAGCCUACCCCCAGCCUCCACGGCUCAAGCCGACGCCGCACCCGCCAUAGUCCAGCCCUCGGCGGAGGCAUCCGCGGUGAGCUACGUCGACCGCCCUCCCGCAUCCUCGCCAGGGAGCCCUCUCGCCCUCGCCGUCCAGAGAAAAAAGGAUAAAGGCAAACGUAAGGCCAGCGCAAAGAAAUCCGCGCAGCGCACCGCGGUAGCCUCCAUCGGCGUAGGCCCUCCGCCCACCAUCCCGACCCAGGAGGAGCGCACGCCGAGCGAAGCCCGAAAGCGCCGUAGAGUCACUGACGACAACGGGGACGAAGCGAGCAUCGGUGAGCCGACCCGAUCCCAACCGUCCCCGACCUCCACACGUCGCCUCGAAGAAACAGUGGCUGCAGCUGCGGUGGAAGAUGCCUCCGCGACGGACCAAGCCGACAUCAGGAAAAAACGCCCGUGUCCCCAAGUGGUUGCGCUGUCGUCUCGGCAAGACAAGUCCUUCGAUUUCAAGUGCGUUGUAUUGGACCUGUCGGAUCUCAAAGACAUUGUGAAUCCCCAAAAUCCCUUGGAGAGCUCGCUCAAUCAAACCAGGUAUGUACUCUCGAGAGCUCUCAGCUAG